AUGGAGGAGAAACGGAGAGGAAGAGAUGGACUCAAACGUCACCACUGUCAGCACUGUGACAAAUCCUACUCAACAUCUGGAUCUUUAAAGAUUCAUCAGAGAGCUCACACUGGAGAGAAACCGUACAGCUGUGACCAGUGUGGGAAAGCUUUUACUAGAUCAGGUGAACUUAAAGUCCACCAAAGUGUUCACACUGGAGAGAAACCGUACAGCUGUGAUCAAUGUGGAAAAACAUUCACUACAUCAGGUGCACUACGAGUCCACCAGCGCGUUCACAGUGGAGAGAAACCGUACUGGUGUGACCAAUGUGGGAAAACUUUCAUUACAUCACAUAAACGAAAAAUCCACCAACGUAUUCACACUGGAGAGAAACCGUACAGCUGUCACCAAUGUGGGAAAGCUUUCCCUAGAUCAGGUGACCUAAAAAUCCACCACCGUGUUCAUAGUGGAGAAAAACCUUACUGGUGUGAAAAGUGUGGGAAAACUUUCACUAAAUCUUGUAAACUAAUAAUCCACCAACGUGUUCACACUGGAGAGAAACCGUACAGCUGUGACCAGUGUGGGAAAGCUUUUACUAGAUCAGGUAAACUAAUAGUCCACCAACGUGUUCACACUGGAGAGAAACCGUACUGGUGUGACCAAUGUGGGAAAGGUUUUUCUCAGAGUAAUCACCUUAAACACCACUCCUGCAGUCACGCUGCUUCAUUUUGAACAUUUUUCAGAGCCAGACUAUCAAUUUCCUCAUGCCUCCUCUUCAGGCCCUCAUAGCUGUGUUUAUAUAUUUUCAGCUUCAGUAAGUUUGUAUUCUUGAUAUGUUAUCAUGGCUAUAACUACAGCCUGUCCUGCCCCACCCCCACCCCCACCCCCCAACAUCUCGCUGUGUCACACACUGUAGCUAUGAGGAUAUGCCACCCACCCUCACCCCUCUGCUGAAGAACCAUGUUUCCCGAUCCACUUGGGUUUUCAAAAAAAUGUACUAGUAUCUUCAAAGUAAAUGAGUUGAAUGAAUUAUCUCUUUAUUCUUGUAGCUUAUUUUUCACAACCCAAGUGUAAUGACUUGUUUCACAAUCAGAAUGUGAUCCAUUCGGUCGAUAACAUUUGAAAAGUCUAUAACUGGGGAGAUUACUGAUAGAGAGUGGGCUAAAAUAGUGGACACAGUCUCCGCCGCAUAUCCGGCAUCCAGUGGAGAGUUGAUGCUGCCAAAAAGAUAAUUUCAUUCAAAGUCCAUUUCUAAGUGAUAUGAAGAGAAAGGCAACUGCAACGAGUAGAGGAAAGCCGUCAGGAAUCUGUUGAGGUUUGUUCAGACUGAAAGCAAAGCCAAUUCUAGUCGAAGCAAAGAGUCGCAGAUUCGUUAAAGACGGCACCAGCUGAGGUGAAGACGUGUCUGCUCAAGUCUGAAAAAUUCAGCUUUGUCUUUCACAAAUGAAAAGACUAAAGAAGUGGAGUUUCUGCUGAGUUCUGAGGUCAACAUCCGACCAACUCGGUACACUUCAAACUAAUUAGAUCCUAGAUGCCUCUGGGUUUAACUGCUGUGGUUUGAUCCAGUGUGUAGUGAGGAGGAAGAGGCGCUGAAUCAACAGGGACUACAAAACCACCACAGACCACAUUUGUGUUCAGUCUGAACAAACCUUUGUUGUUGUGAAAGUCUGAAUGAAUCAAAUAUUAUUUGUCUUCAUUUUAACAGCGGUUUGCUUUCUGUUCUGUCAGUAAAUGUGUUCUGUUUAACUUGCAUCCUGCCAGGGUUGGUGCUGUAAUAAUUUGAGCUGGAGACUUGAGACUCGAGUCCUUUUCAAUAUUCUCAUUAAAUUAGUCAAC